AUGUCCACCGACGAAAUUGUCUCGACCCAACGCCGCAAUCUCCCCCUCCUCGCCACCCACGAGGCCAUCUCAGGGAGAACCUACAUCGUGACCGGAGCGAACACCGGCCUCGGCUUCGAAGCAGCCAAGCAUCUAAUCGCGCUCGGAGCCGGCAAGGUGAUCCUGGCAGUCCGCAGUCUCGAGGCUGGCGAGAGGGCGAAAGACGCGAUCGAGAACGGUACCGCUCGUCCCGGCGUGGUGGAGGUGUGGCACCUCGACCUCAGCAGUUUCGACUCGGUGAAGGCGUUUGCGCAGCGGGCCAUUACAGAGUUGGAGCGCAUCGACGCGGUAAUUGAGAAUGCGGCGGUGGCGAUGAUAGGCCCUGUCCGUGCGGAGGGACAUCUCUUGUCUGUGACGGUCAAUGUGCUGGGGACGUUCUUGUUGGCUGUGUUGUUGGCAGGCAAGAUGCGGGAGAGUGCGGAGAGGACUGGUGGUGGGCUGGUCAGGGUAGUGAUGGUGACGAGUCGAAUCGGGUUCACAGCGCAGGAGGAGUGGCAGCGGAUCUGGGAGGAUCCGCUGGUGGGGAUAGAACAAGAUGAGGGGUUGCAGGCUAAGAGUUAUCCCCUGUCGAAGUUAAUGGAGAUCCUGGCCCUGAAGCAGCUCGCGACUAUGCUGCCCGUCGAGCGCACGGGGGUGGUCUUCAACCUUGUUUGUCCCGGGCUUUGCACGACUGAACUGAUCCGUAAUGUUCCGUCGGACCAUAAGGCACAGAUUACUGAUAUGCAUCGGCAUUACGGGCGGACGGCGGAAGAUGGGAGUCGGACGCUGUUGCAUGGUGCAGUGGCGGGAAGGGAGUCUCAUGGGUGUCUUCUCCAUUCGUGCGAGAUGGGCGAGUAA